CAGGUUUUUACGCACUCUUCUUAUGGUUUGUAUCAUAUCUGCCAAAGUGAAGGAGAUCGAUAAUAUGUGGGCCAUUUUAGCGUACUGCAGCAGACUGGAAAAGAUAAUUAUUUAACCAUGGCAAAUGGAGAAAGUCAUAGGAAAUAUCCUCUUAUGAGAAGUGCUUCAUUUGAUCCCUCUGACUUACAAAGACCCCCGUCUAUUCAUUCUAUUCGUAGCCACAAGCUUUUACAAUCAUUGUCCCUCCCCGGUACUGAUCCAGCGAGCACAAUCACCGAGGAGGAUAAUAUUAGCUUUGAAUCAAAUCAAGACAAAUAUACAGCGGGCAGAUCAGACUGUUCACAAGAUAAUUUUAUCACUAUUUCGAAAGAUCCAGAGAAAGAUUUCAAAGAGAGUCCAGCUGAGCCAUUCCUCCGAAACAACGAGAGCAAACUUCUGAAUGAGGACCAAGAAUCGGAUGCAUCUGAAGAAGCAUCAGACGACAUAUCUGAAGAAGGAGGGUGUAUAGAAUGUGUUAAAGCAAUCCCAGUAUUUCUGGCCAAUGAAAUAGAAAAGGGUGACCAUAUCGUUUUUGCUGGGGCAUUGUAUGACCAUCAUGGAAUUGUUGUUGAGAAGUUUAAAGAAAACGAAAGAAAAUUUGGGAUAGUAGAAGCGACAAACACUAUAUCGAAGGCGGCUGCAGGAAUUGUAUUCGGAGGAAAAGCAAAAAUUGUUAAUACAAUAAAAGUUUUCAAUUUUGAAACCGACAACAUCCGCAUUGUAGAAUAUCGAAAUCCCAAAUUUUCCAAACCAGAAAUUGUUAGUCGUGCUAUGAAGUUUUUGAGUACAGCAUCCAAGGCCAAGAAGUUUAAGUACCAUCUGUUUGCAAAUAAUUGUGAGCAUUUCGCUACCUACUGCGUCACCGGAAAAAGAUUCAGUGUUCAAGUUCGGAAAGUUAGGAUGAUAGCAAAGAUGUUCUUUUCUAGUGGUUUUCGGGGGAUCAGUGAUGAAAAACUCCGAAAUGAAAAAGAAUUUGAAUGUCAAAUUAUAUGUCAACAAUGCUUUGAAGUCAAUAAAAAGCUUCUUAGUGCCAGUGUUACUCCUAUAAAGCAAAGCGAUGACGUCAAUUUUGGUGACAUCAUCAGAUACAGUUACUGGAACCUCUGGCAUGACGCAGUUGUUCUCAAAAUUUCCAAGAAAGAGAAGAAAUAUCUUAUUUGUGAAAUUGCUCAUUAUUGUUUUCAUGGCCCCUUUUCUCAUAGAGAAAUUAUUAGAGAAGAAUUAAAAGUUAGCUUUAAUGGCGAGUUCAGUGUUGUACACUAUGAUCCACCACUGUAUGAUGUAUAUGACCCCGACACCGUAGUCGAACGAGCAAAGGAUAGAAUUGGAGAGAAACUCUUUGUGCACUUUUCCAACGAUUCUAGUCACUUUGCUCGCUGGUGUAAGCUCAAGCUAACCAAAUCAUCAGAGGCUGACGUCCCAACAUUUUACUGUGACCGAGAUGUUUAAGUCAGAAAAAAAAAACAUGCUUGAAAAUGAUCUUGAUCAUAUGUGUAAUUUACUCAGAAGAACAGUAAAUUGCAGACGCAUCUAUGACAUGAAAAUAGUUUCGAAUUUUAAAUCAUAUUAUGACAACAUUCAUACGAAAUUGUGCAAGAUGACUCAGUAGUUUAUUAUCUACUUGUGUUCUCAUAUUACUACAUUUUGUAAAAUUGUGAAUGUUUAUUAUACGACUUAUCUACAGUUCUUUCUAUUUUUCAAAUGUACAUGUAACUUCAGUAUGAAGAU